AUGGCUUAUCAACAUGUUGAAACCAACCCACAUUUUAUCGAAGAUCCUGACAGAAUAACGCCCGAGCAACAGCAUGAUCUACCUGCUACCUUGCUGCCGCAACGUGGUCGCGACCAGCGUGUCCCACGACGAGGUCCUAUAGACCAAGACUUGCAUCCUCAUCCACUUGGCCCAUCGCAGCCGGAGCCACAUCAUGACAGCCAACCUCACCUGCCACUUCAUGUUUGGGUGCCGCCACCAGUACAUCAUGAAGAUCGACGCCCCCAAUUACGAUCACGACCUUCACAGUUUGAAGGUCCAACUCCAGAAGAAGUAAUGCUACAACCCCAUCUUCAUGGCCAACAUCCUAGCUCAUCAUCGGUAAGACCGCAGCAUGAAAUCAACGAAGGUGACCAGCACCAACGCUGGCAUCCCCAGCAGCACCGUCCUCACUCUGGUGUUUUCCUCCCAAGUGUCCGUCAAACCGACCCUCUAACAUUAUCUACGGCAACUUCCUGUGUAAUUUUUUGGCUGAUCGUGAUACUUGCAGGCCUACUUGUUCUUGUGGUCUAUCUCAUCUUUCGACCACAUAGACCACUCUUCGAUCUCAACGGCUUCACCUUGAACGCGGCCACCCUCGACACAGGUUACCUGCUGGAUGCAGAUGUCACUCUACUGGUUAACUUCACAAAUCCGAACAAGAAAGUGAGCAUUGAUUUCAAUCACUUGUCUCUUGAUCUUUACUUCGACGAAACCUUGAUUGCUACUCAAUACAUAGAACCUUUCUCAGCUGCAAAAGGUCAGACCAUGUUUGCAAGUAUUCAUAUGAUAGCCAGUCAGGUUAGUCUUUCAAUGAAAGAAGCACUGCUGUUUGAGAACCAGAUCAAGAACAAUCAAGUUCUAUUUUCGGUCAAAGGGGCAUUUCGAGCUCGAUCCAAACUCGGAGGGUUUAUGAAAUAUUCGUAUUGGUUACAUAGUUAUUGUGGCAUCAUGGUUUCAAGCCCUCCAACUGGGGUCUUGAGAGAAAAAAUUUGCAGAACUAAACACUGA